CCUCAUGCACGCGCCCGCGUUCUCGACAGAGUGUGCAACGCGUGUUGAAGAGAGCGCGCGUUCGCGUGUGUGUGUGUAUAUGUGGUUCCGCUAAUUCUGUGAGUGUUACAGUCCAGGCAGGCGGGCCGCUUCAGCCACAUUAACGCCUAAAUACUACUUCUGUUCGGCGACCCACGGCCAGAACCCGGAAUUUAUACACUGUUACACUUCAGCCCUGCAAACCAUCACCACUGACUCAUCACCAGUCUAGUUGCUAUUGAGGAAUGGAAGCAGAUCAGAAUCAGCAAGAGCCGGAGGCUGUAGCUCAGACCGAGGCAGCAGAGACUCCUGAGCAGCCCAAAUCUGAAGGAGUGAAUGAGACUCCUUCACCACCUCCUGAGCCAGAGAAACCAGCAGUGGAAGCCUCUGAACCAGAAACGGAGUCCACAGAGAAAACAGCUAAAGUGGAGCCCGAUGACGAGAAGCCUGAGACAUCUGAAGAGCCUGUGAAAUUGCCAGAGAAGGAAGAAGAGCCAGAGGAAGUCCCAAAGACAGCUGUUGAGACAGAGAAUGAAGUGGUGCAGCAGGCUGUUGAACCAGAAAAGAAACCAGAAAAUGAUGAACCAGAGAAGAAACCAGAAAAUGAUGAGAAGCCUUCUGUCCCAUCAGAAGAAAAAGGAGAACCAGAGGAGCCUGGCAAAACUGAGCCUGCUGCACCGGAACCUGCGGCACCAGAACCUGCGGCACCAGAACCUGCUGCACCGGAGCCUGCUGCUCCGAAUGAGGUCCCAGCUGAACCAGUGAAGGAGGAAGAGAAAGCUGAAGCUCCAAAAACAGAGACAGAGGAAAAGCAGGAGAAGCCAGCCGAAGAGGAGCAGGUUCAAGCCGAGCCCCCAAAAGAAGUGGCAGCCCAACCAAAAGAGGAAGCUCUUCCACUGUUCUAUGGCUGGUUCCUACUUUCAGAUGUUAAAGAGAGAAUCAGGUGUUCCACCAUGGACUUCCUCAAGACCCUGGACACACUGGAGGUCUUCAAGAAACAUAUCAAUGAAUUUACUGGAGAAGCUGAUAAAGAGGUGGAUCUGGAGCAAUACUUCCAAACUCCUGAGACACUCCACUGCACCACCAAGUUCUGUGACUAUGGAGAAGCAGAGGGAGCAAAAGAAUAUGCUGAACAACAGGUGGUUAAGGAUUCCUAUGACACUGCAACAGAGCUGUCUGUUGUUGGUCUCAUAGUGACACCUCGCACUUUUGGUGCCCGUGUGACACUCACUCCAGAGCAGAUGCCACUGUGGGGUGCAGGAGCUGAUAUAGAAGGGGUUCCAGCGACUGAACUCCCUGCAGUCGAGGCUCUACCAGCAGGUAGCCGUGCCCAUGUGACCCUUGGCUGUGCACCAGACGUGGAGCCUGUUCGGACCGGUUUAGACCUGCUGGAUAUCCUGGUGGUCCUGCAAGAAGAGAAGGAGGUUGUUGCUGUAGAGGAGUUGGAGCUGGGAACACUCUCGUACCUGGGCCAGGGGCGCUGGUACUUGUCUCUGAGAGAGGCAGUUACAUGUGAUGCCACCUACUCAAGCUUUUCUGAAAAGGAGCGUCUGGCAGGACCAGCCAAGAAAGAGGGAGGGGAGAAAAAGAAGAAGCAAAAAUGUGUCAUUCUGUGAAAUGGAGGUUUAUCUGGCAUUCAGUGGUUUUGUCUGUUAGGUUGUGAGUGUAAUUUCAGCUUUAGUGUACUUAAAAGGCUGGGUGGAGGGGGGGGGGGCAUCAGUACUUAUUGGAAACACUGCCAAUUUAAAGCGGUUUAAUAGCCCCCACCCAGCCCUUCUUUAGCAGGUGCCUUUUUCUUUUUGCCUGGCAGCACAAGCACCAAGGCCUUAAAAUCUGCCUUAGAGGCAUGAACUCACCCUGUAGGUAAUAGUUUAGCCAUUGCACUAUUUGUAUAUCCAUUCUGUCUUCUUUGCAUUUGAUAUGAUGGAUUGCGUUUUCUUAUUGUCUUGAUGUAUUUGUAGCAAGACAAUUUUUGGGCAGAUUGGGGUAAAUAAGUGGCUGUUAGAAGUCUUGAAACAAACAGCCAGUAUUGAUGCCAAAUUUAUUUGUUUAUCCUCUAGCUUAGAUUUGCAUUGGUACUGAGUGUGCAUGACUGGGUUUGGCAUUUGGGUGCAUUUGUACAUUUCUUCUGUUUUUUGUUUGCAAAGGCAACAUCACAUGCUGCGUUUGCUUUGUAAUCACAUUCCACUGUAAUUUAGUAGGUACUGACACAAGCAUUUCCCCAUUAUGCCUUUUUUUAAUCAAUCAUUAGUGAAUGUACAUCUCUUGUUCCUUGAAUUUUGCAUUUCACACAGUGCUGCAGUCAUAAUAACCACUUCCUAAUAUGUCCUCUAACAAUUUGCUACAUGCUACACUUUUGCCAGUCUGAUCAACAACAUAGCACUAUUGUAUCUAUUGUAUUUUCAUUAACCCUGAGCUAGUCUUACUUUUCCCCCACUAAUUCUGUCACUUUUGACAAGGUGCACUCAAAAUACUGUGACUGGUGUCUGUCUUUGUUUAGUGCUGGGUGGCACAAGGCAGAAGCCCUGCUUAUGUAGACCUCUGAUGUUUGAGGUGCUGUAUUUUGCACUUUCUUUUUUGUAAACUUAAUAAAAAAAACUGCUUGGCUGACA